GCUAUUACGAUUUUUUUUUCUCUAGGAGCCAGAAAGAGUGUUUCCGCUAAAAGUGUCCUGCUAAAGCAAAUAUAGCCGAUGAUUUUAUCCACGAUCUUAAAUCUAAACCGUUCAACUUUGCCGAUUCUUAGAUAGUAUGAUUGAUAUUUUCACCCAUCUCUCUCUCUCUCUCUCUCUCUCUCUCUUUCAAAAACUCAGCUCAAUUAGGUGAUGAUGAAAAUGGCGUUUUAAAUAAAAUCUUCAUUACCACACUUUCUCUCUCCUCCAUUUAAACCAGUUCUGAGGACCUAAUGGAGUUCUCUAGUGAUAUACAACUCUUUAAUUAAAUUCUUUUUCCGGAACUUCCUUUUUUCAUCUUCAAUUAAUGGCGACAAUAUGAGGUAAAAUUAGGGUUUUUUUUUGUGUUUGAGAUAAUUUCUGGAUUGAAGUGGGAAAAAAUGGAUACUGAUGAAGUGGGACCCAGCAAUGGAAAGAGUAACGAUCAGUUUAUUGAUCGGAGUAAAGUCAGAAUUUUGCUGUGUGAUAAUGAUUCCAAGAGUUCUCAAGAGGUUUUUUCCCUCCUUUGCAAGUGUUCUUAUCAGGUGACAUCAGUAAGGUCGGCCAGGCAGGUCGUUGAUGCACUGAAUGCAGAGGGGUCUGACAUUGAUAUUAUACUUUCUGAGGUUGAUCUUCCUUCAAAAAAGGGUUUAAAAUUGUUGAAGUACUUGAUGAGAGAUAAAGAGUUGCAACGUAUUCCUGUUAUCAUGAUGUCAACUCAAGAUGAAGUUUCUCUUGUGGUCAAGUGCUUGAGGCUGGGGGCAGCAGAUUAUCUUGUGAAGCCUUUGCGAACUAAUGAGCUUUUAAACUUGUGGACUCACAUGUGGCGUAGGCGGCGAAUGCUUGGGCUUCCAGAGAAGAAUAUUGUCAGUUAUGACUUCGAUCUAGCUCAAUCGGAUCCUAGUGAUGCUAAUACAAAUAGCACCACACUGUUUUCUGAUGACACGGAUGAUAAGUCCCGGAGAAAUGCCAAUCCAGAACUGAGCAUUGCGGUGCAACAGGAGUGUAACAAAGCCACUUCAGAAGCCGUGCCAGCAAAUUCAUUCAACUGUCGGUCUGGUGUGCCAGCAUUGAGUGAUAUCCGUACAGGUCAAUUUGCGCCUUUUCCGAAGAAAAGUGAGCUGAAGAUUGGUGAAUGUUCUGCAUUCUUCACUUAUGUCAAAGCAAGUACAGUGAAGAGCAAUGGCCAAGCAGUUAUUGAUGUCGGAUGUGAUGCUACUCAACACCUCAGAACAGUUGAUAAAAUAGAAACCUGGAAUGGACAUGUAAACAAUGGCAAUAUAGGAUAUGAAAAUGGAGAAGCAUGGGAAAAUAACUCGCAUGGUAAGGACUUCCCUAGCAGUACAAGUGUACCCGAUUCCACUUCCAUGGAAAGGACAUGCACCCCUCCUGUUACUAUGGAUUUUAUGCCAAAUAAAUCGAACGAUGAAGGCUUAUCUGAGGUGCACAUGCAGCCAAGAAAUGACACGAAUUUUGAUGUCUCAACUAUGGCAGCACAUGGUGCCUAUCCUUACUUCAUGUCAGGUAUUAUGAACCAGUUUAUGAUGUCGUCAUCGGCACAUAUGCAUCAGAAAGAUCAUCAGAACCAUGGUGCGUCUACUAUGAUGCCUCACUACAACCAUCUUCCUUAUUGCGCAUCUCAUGUGCCUGGGAUUACUCCUUUUCCUUACUACCCAUCGGGUUUAUGGGUUCCACAAGGUCAAUCACCAGCUAACAACCAGAUGACAUCAUUUGGCAAUUCAUCUUCUGGUGAACCUAAAUUAAGCAAAGUUGACAGGAGAGAGGCUGCCUUGAUGAAAUUCAGGCAGAAAAGAAAAGAGAGGUGUUUUGAUAAAAAAAUUAGAUACGUGAAUCGCAAAAAACUUGCUGAGAGAAGGCCACGUGUUCGUGGACAGUUUAUAAGGAAAGUGAAUGGCGUGACUGUUGAUCUAAAUGGAGAUCCAUCUGCUGACCUUGAUGAGGAAGAUGAAGUUGAAGAUGAAGAUGCUACUAAUUCAUGUCCUGAAGAUGACACUUCCUGACAACAUUGUUGAGGAAACCAAUUUUUCUGAUGGAUCACUGCUAUUGCUGCCAUAAUUGUUUAUUGCAAAUCUGUGUUUAAGCUCCACCAUUUUUCUGCUUAAUCUACGAGAGAUGAAUGGCAUGGGAUUCGUGAUUGCUCUCCAGAGCUUCCGAGCUUGUAUCGUCGAAGUUGUAAGCAUCUCUAAUCUGAGCAUGGAAAACCCCAUCUCUGGCACCUGCUCUCCCACAAAGCUCCCUAGAGAGCUUGCUGUCUAAUGCAUUCAUCUACAAUGUAGGAGGGGGUUGGCUAGACUUGUAUCUAUGGAUAAUAUAUAAUCUUCAUCCACAAAGUGUUGUAUGAAAGUUGGACAACCAACUAUUGAAUGAAAAAAUUAUUUUUCCUUCCAUUAUUUUGUUUUCUUUUUCCUAUUAUUGUAAAGGGGCGCAUAGUGAUCACUUGUAUGAUUGUACCUUUUUAUGAAAGGUUGUAGACUUUUAAUCAUUCUUAUAAUGAAAUUUGUGAAAUCCAUUUCUUCAAACUGA